UUUUCUGGCCAGAGCUUCAGGACGUUUUUUGUUUUUGUGUUUUGCGGUGCUUUCCUCCUCCGAACUGUGUUUGGGGCUGUAGACCUUUACCUUUCUGGAUAUCUUGUGUUGGUUAUCAACAUGCCUGAAGUUAAUUAUCUGCUCUCUGUGUCCUGGGGAUAUAUAAAGUUCAAGAGGAUGUUGAACAGGGAGCUGACUCACCUAUCAGAGAUGAGCCGCUCUGGGAACCAGGUGUCGGAGUUCAUCUCCAGCACCUUCCUGGACAAACAACACGAAGUGGAGAUGCCAACCCCGCAGACGCAAAAGGAGAAGGAGAAGAAGAACAAGCCCAUGUCUCAGAUCAUCGGGGUGAAAAAGCUGCAGCACUCCUCCAGCCUCACCAACUCUAACAUCCCUCGCUUCGGAGUCAAGUCCGAGACGGAGGAGGAACUGGCUAAGGAACUCGAGCAUGUGAAUAAAUGGGGCCGUAACGUUUUUAAAAUCGCAGAGUUCUCUGGGAAUCGGCCCCUGACAGUCAUGAUGUACACUAUAUUCCAGGAGAGGGACUUGCUGAAAACAUUUAAAAUUCCACUUGACACCUUCAUAACCUACCUGAUGACCUUAGAAGACCAUUAUCACGGGGAUGUGGCCUACCAUAACAACAUUCACGCUGCCGACGUCACCCAGUCCACUCACGUGCUUCUGUCCACCCCUGCCCUGGAGGCUGUGUUCACAGACCUUGAGAUCCUAGCUGCCAUCUUUGCCAGUGCAAUUCACGACGUGGACCAUCCCGGUGUCUCCAACCAGUUCCUCAUCAACACCAAUUCAGAGCUAGCGUUGAUGUACAAUGACUCGUCGGUGUUGGAGAACCACCAUCUAGCAGUUGGCUUCAAGCUUCUACAAGAGGAGAACUGUGACAUCUUCCAGAAUCUGAACAAAAAACAAAGACAAUCGUUGCGAAAGAUGGUCAUUGACAUUGUGCUAGCAACCGACAUGUCCAAGCACAUGAACCUACUGGCUGAUCUGAAAACUAUGGUGGAAACCAAGAAGGUGACCAGCUCUGGUGUCUUGCUGCUAGACAACUACUCCGACAGGAUACAGGUUCUCCAGAACAUGGUGCACUGUGCCGAUUUGAGCAACCCCACUAAGCCUCUGCAGCUGUAUCGGCAGUGGACGGACCGCAUCAUGGAUGAGUUCUUCAGCCAGGGGGACCGAGAGAGGGAGCGGGGCAUGGAGAUCAGUCCUAUGUGUGACAAACACAAUGCCUCGGUAGAAAAGAGCCAGGUUGGUUUCAUAGACUACAUUGUUCACCCUUUGUGGGAGACCUGGGCUGACCUGGUCCACCCGGAUGCCCAGGACAUCCUGGACACGUUAGAAGACAACAGGGAGUGGUACCAAAGCACCAUCCCCCAAAGCCCCUCUCCGGCCCUGGACGACCCCGAGGACGGCAGUCGGCCCCCAGGGGGGGACAAGUUCCAAUUUGAGCUCACCCUGGAGGAGGACGGGGAGUCGGACACUGAAAAAGACAGCGGCAGCCAGCCGGAGGAGGAAGAGGAGGAGGAGGAGGAGGAUGAUGACGACGAGGAGGAAGAAGAUGACGAAGACGAGGAAAACAGCUGUACUGACUCUAAAACGCUGUGUACGCAGGACUCUGAAUCCACAGAGAUUCCUUUGGACGAACAGGUUGGGGAGGAUGAAGGAGAGGAGGAGGAGGAGGAGGUGGUAACGGAAGAGGGAGAGACCUCCUGUUCACAGCCGCGUGCUGUGGAGGAGGAGGUGGCAGCGCAGUGGGAGGAGGGAGCGGAAGCCCCCCACACAUAGCAGUUCAUGGACACCACCUGAUUAACUGUUCUUCUUAGUAAUGACAGAUUAUUUAUAGAAUAUUUUUGGGUUUUUUUGUCUGUCCUGGUUUUUUUUUAUACAUCCAUGUUAAUGGUUCCAAAGCGUGUGCUGCUCCCCAACUCCUCCUGGCCGCUUUGUUCAGACGCGCCCAGCCGGUACUUCUUCAACUUUUUUUUUUUUUUUUUUGCACUCAGGAAAACUCCUCUCCGUUCACGUCUGUAUUGAAGUGGUGCGCGCCCCCCCCACCC